AUGUGGUUUACCCAAGAACACUCUGAAGGCACGCUGAUUUCCAGUGACAUUAUAAGGAAACAAGCGAAAAAAUUGAAGAAGGAUCUUGAUUUUAGACGCUCGGGCGAGGACACUUCUGCACAUCAAGGUAACGAAUUUAAAGCUAGCAGUGGAUGGCUUAAUCAUUUUUUAAAAUGUCAUGGCAUUUGGCAAGUCGCAAUUUCAGGAGAGACAUGCUCCGCAGAUAUAAAAGCUUGCGAUGAAUACCCGCUAAAGUUACAAGAGAUCAUCAUCAAGGGUGGCUAUGCUCCAGAGCAAAUCUAUAACGCUGAUGAAACUGGCUUAUGUUACCGUAUGCUGCCGGAUAGAACACUUGCUUCUAGGACCGAAGAACAAAAGGCCAAAGGUAUUAAGGUGAUAAAAGAGAGAGUGACAAUACUUUUCUGUGUGAAUAAAACCAGUUUACAUAAACUUAAACCUCUGUGCAUAGGCAAAUCCAGGUCACCUAGGGCUUUCCACCAUAAGAACAUGGAUUCGCUUUCAUUCAUUCAUCGCCAUUCAAAAAAUGCCUGGAUGACAUCAGAUAUUUUCGAGGAAUGGUUUAAGAAAUAUUUUGUACCAGCUGUCCGGAACCACCUACGCAGACAAAACCUGGAGCCAAAGGCAUUGCUCCUACUUGACAACUGUCCCGCCCACCCCCCAGUUGAGACCUUAACCAGCAAAGACGGGAAGAUAAAGAUGAGCUACCUUUCUAAGAACACGACGUCCAAAAUACAGCCCCUUGAUCAAGGCAUUAUAGCCACAUUUAAAAUGAAUUAUCAUAAAGCCUUAGUAAAUAAAUUGAAUUUGCUGGAUGUAUUUAACUUAGGCGAGACAGCCUGGCUAGGAAUCACUCCGUCAACGAUAGAGAAAUGUUGGCAUCGUGGUCUCAAAAGUGCUUUUGUCACUGAAAGCGAUGACAACCAAGAUAAGGAAGAAGACGAAGAUGAGAACAACUUUGAAGGUUUUAUGGAAGAAGAGGCCAUGGAGGCAGAACGAGUCUACAGGGAACUUAUGGCUCAAAGUGGGAUAGCUGUUGUUCAAGAGUGGAUGGAAGUGGAUGCUAUAUGUCCAACCUAUGAACGACUUACAGAUGUAGAUAUAAUUCAUAACGUUGCCCCUCAACCACCUGGUGCCUCAGAAAGUGUGUCUAACCCUGAGGAUAGUGACGAAGAACCCUUGGAGCCACCGCCCAAAGCUGCUGAUGCGGUUGUAGGGUUAGAGAUUGGUCUUAAGUGGCUAGAAAGCCAGGAUGUGGAUAGACUGCAAAUACUGCAGAUAAAAUCCAUAAUUGACCUGGCGAAGGCGGCGGCUCGCAGUAGCAUGAAGCAACAAAGUAUAACAAUUUUUUUUUUAAAUUAA